AUGUUGCCUAUGCUGCUCGUUGCGGCAUGGUGGGCGCUGCUGGCCACCGUACAAGCUGCGCGCUUUUCCGGGUCGAAUCCCUCACUGCAAGCGGAUGCGAUUGUGCCGAUGCGUUCCCUCUCUAUUUUUUCCCCGUACGUGGAUAGCAGUUUGCAGAACAAGUAUUGGGACUUUGGCGGGGACGCGAUCGUGGACACAAACAGGUAUAUUCGGCUCACGCAGGACCGUCCGGGCGAGAAGGGAUGGCUCUGGUCGCGUGUCCCCAUCGAUGCUAACGACUUUGAAAUUACAGUCGAGUUUUCCAUCAACGGCAAAUCUUCCACGAGCCAUGGCGACGGGUUUGCUGUAUGGCUCACCAGUGAGCGCGCGACAGAGGGGCCUGUGUUUGGCUCGUGCAACAAGUGGCAUGGUGUUGGUUUUUUUUUCGACACGUAUCCCAACACGCCGCACCGCAAAGUGUUUCCCAGCAUCUCGGUUGUGGAAAACAACGGCGCGCUUGAAUACAAUAUGGAUAUCGACGGGAAAGACCAGGAGAUUGCCUCGUGCACAGCCCAGCUCCGCCGCACGAAUGUAGAGACGCGUUUUCGCAUUACUGUUGUACGCGACGUGUACAUUGAGCUCGCGAUUCAAAACCGCGAGUGGAACCAGUUCACUACAUGCAUGCGCAUUCCCUACAUCGAACUUGAGCGGCCAUACCUGGGCUUCUCUGCAAGCACUGGGCAUACGAGCGACAACCACAAUAUUGUGUCUGUAUGGACGAAUGCGCUUGUCUACCAUUCGCGCACACCAGCAGACUUGGAGAAGCACCGCCUCGAGACGUUCGGCGAAAAGACCGAGUCCAAGAACUGGUGGAGCACCAACACAGACGACCCCUAUCCUUCGCGCCGCAAGGACAACAAGACCGCGCGGCAGGGCCGCUCGUUCUUUGGGGUCAUCUUCGCCGCAUGCUACCUCCUGGUUAAAUGGACGCUGAUCUCUGCCGCGGUGGGAGCAUGCGGCUACUUUGGCUACAUGUACUACCGCAAGAGGAGCCGCUCGGUGCAUUCACGAAGAAUGAUGGCAUAG